AUGUACCUCUCAGCCGCAACCGUGCUCGCGCUGGGCGCCCUGCAGCCCGUCCUCGGCUCGCCCGCCCCCCAACAGGUUCCUCCCGACGGAAGCCAGAAUGUCAUUCUAAACUCCUGGCUCACGGGCACUAAGACCAUCAUCAGCUACUACGCCCCGGACCCCAAGUGCGGCGGCCACCGCCCAUGGGUCGGCAUGUGGCCGGCCGACGCCUGCAAUCCCUAUGCCGCCGACUUCAAGGCCUGGGCCUACGUGAAGAAGACCGAGGGCAAAAAUGACAUUGCCACGGUCGAGUUUGACAAUGCGCAACUCGGACCCGGCGAGUUCAAGGCCGCCUUUGUCUGCGAGGACGGCAAGAGACAGCCCUGGAUGCUCUCCAAGACGUACAAGAUUGACGAGGCGCCACCUGCUGAGCCGGGCCAUUGCGUCCAUCGACAGAACGACAUUGAGACGACGUGGACGUAUACCGCGUGCGACAAGGUCAAUGGACUUUGCUAUGACUGCGUAUAUUCCGGGACCUGCGAUGCCUGCAGUGAGUGCAAAGAGCAGUGCGGCCGCAAGUCCGACUAG